AUGAAAAAUAGAAGCCAAAAAUCAAGUAAUUUACUUAAAAUAUAUUCUAAAACAAAUGAAAUUGAUGAGAAAAAAGAUAAAGAAUAAAAAUAAAUAUAAAAUAAAAGCUAUAAAUAAUAAUAAGUAGAAUAUGAAAUGGAACUAAUUCAAUAUUGUAAUUAAAUUCUAUAGGACUUAGAGAAUUAAAGCUUUUUUGAAUAAAAUUCAAUUGCAAAUCAUUUUCUUUAUUUAGAUAAUUAAAUAAGAAAUGAAAAAAAAGUUAAUUAUACCAUUCAAUUUGAUGCUAAUUUUAUAGUAGCAGCAUUUUAACUAGCAUUUGAUUUUUAUAAAAUAUUUGUUGAUUUUUACCAUACAUAAUAAAUAUAGAAAUGUAAAGAACUAGGUCAAAUUAUCAAUUAGGAGAGCUUUGAAAUAUAUCUUUAUUAUUUUUGUACUUAUUUGGCAGUUAAAAUACUUUGA